AUGAAGUGUUUUACAUCACUCACUGCCCUCACUGCAAUCUUUGCACAGGCAUCUGCUUCAGUUAUUCCAGCUAUUCGAUCGCCAGCCACUCAACCCAAAAAUGGUGCCUCCUGUGUACACUCGGCUACUUCUAGAUCCUGCUGGGGAGAUUACUCUAUCGAUACUGACUGGUAUGAUGUUAUUCCUCACACUGGAGUCACUAGAGAAUACUGGCUUUCGGUUGAGAACUCCACUAUAACCCCUGACGGGUAUACCCGCUCAGCCAUGACCUUUAAUGGAACCGCCCCUGGCCCUGCAAUUAUCGCCGACUGGGGCGACAAUCUUGUCAUCCAUGUCACCAAUAAUCUUCAACAUAAUGGAACAGCCAUUCAUUUCCACGGUAUUCGUCAGAAGGGAAGCUUAGAGUACGAUGGAGUGCCCGGUGUUACUCAGUGUCCUAUCGCUCCUGGAGAUACCUUGACCUACAAGUUCCAAGCUACUCAAUAUGGAACUACUUGGUAUCACUCUCACUUCUCUCUUCAAUACGCUGAUGGACUCUUUGGCCCUCUUAUCAUCAAUGGUCCUGCCACUGCAGACUACGAUGAGGAUCUUGGAGUCAUGUUCUUGGGAGAUUGGGCACACCAAACCGUCUUCGAUAUUUGGGAUGCCGCUAGAGCGGGCACUCGUCCAUCUCUUCAAAACACUUUGAUGAACGGAACCAAUAGUUGCGAGUGCGAUACUUCUGAUCCCAAGUGCGUUGGUGGUGGUAAGAAAUUCGAGGCGGUUUUCGUCGAGGGCCAAAAGUACAGAAUCAGAUUGAUCAAUGUUGGUAUUGACAGUCAUUUCGAAUUCGCUAUUGAUGGUCACACUCUUACCGUCAUUGCUAAUGAUCUUGUUCCUAUCGUCCCAUACACUACUGACACCCUCCUCAUUGGUAUCGGUCAAAGAUACGAUGUCAUUGUCGAAGCUAAUGCUACCCCUGAUAACUACUGGAUCCGUGGCAACUGGGGAACUGCCUGCGCACCCAACUUGCAAGCAGCCAACGCCACUGGAAUCUUGCGAUACAACAGUUCCAGCACCGCAGAACCUACCUCCGUCGGCGUCACCCCACGUGGUACUUGUGCUGAUGAGCCACUUGCCAGCUUAGUUCCACACUUAGCCAUGGAUGUCGGAAGCUAUGCACUCAUGGACGAGAAAUUAGACUGGGUCCGCGGCAACAUCUUAACCUGGACCAUCAACAGUAGCUCUCUCGUCCUCGACUGGACCAACCCAACCACACUCCAAGUAUUCCGAAACGAAUCCCUCUUCCCAACAGACUACAACGUCGUUCCUAUCAACAAGGAAAUCGCAAAUGGAGACGACUGGAUCGUCUACGUCAUCGAAGAUCUCACCCACUCUGGCACCUGGCACCCUAUGCAUCUCCACGGACACGAUUUCUUCAUCGUCGGUCAAGAAGCUGCUGUCUUCGACCCUGUCAACACUCCCGCUACCUUCAACCUCAAUAAUCCUCCCCGUCGUGACGUGGCUGCGCUUCCGGCUGGCGGAUAUCUCGCCAUCGCGUUCAAGCUUGAUAAUCCUGGUUCGUGGCUUCUUCACUGCCAUAUCGCAUGGCACGCAUCCGAGGGACUGGCAAUGCAAUUUGUAGAGUCGGAGAGCUCGAUUGCGAUCGGUAUGAAAGAUACUGAGAUCUUUGAUAAUACUUGCAAGAAUUGGAAUGCAUAUGUUCCAACUGAGGUAUUUCCUCAGGAUGAUUCUGGAAUCUAA